GAUGCAAAUGUUGACAAUGUUAAAAAGACCGUAAUAAAGCCCCAUCAUCACUGGCAUGGAGGAAUUCAUAUCUAGUGUAUAUUAUGUAGGAGGAGAUGUCAAUGGCGGAUACAGUGUGGCAUUGUCAACACCUGAUUGAUCUUACUUCAUUAAAAUGAUUGACUCUCGAGAACCAGCUGAUGCCGAGUGUAUACAUCAUUAAUAGACUGGAGACAAUUAUUCGCUAAUAUUCGAUUCCUGAUCACCAGUUUAUCGGGAUAUGACAACCUUGACUAGGAGAGUUCAAAAGCCAUGUUUACAUCCGAGAACUUGUAUUCAGUCUGGCACAACCCACUAAUCCUCCAGCAGGUAGAACUAUCCCGAGCUGGACCAGAUUAUCAUGUUAAAACUGGAAUUAAUUUGUGUCGAUUAUGAAUCUGCUGUUGAAUUUACAUAUAUAUCCCAGGUAACGUGAAUCAAUCAUACACACUGCUCGGAGAGGUGACAACUGACAAUCAAUAGACCCGCCGCCGACACUAUAUAGUAUGACGAUCGGAAUCGAUGGCGUUUGAAUGUACAAUGUUUUCCCUGACACAUGCUUUUGCCACAAACAAUGGAAAAAGAGAUCUCGACAAACAAUGAAGUUUUCAAUGUUGAUAGCACCAAUCACAAGAAACUCAAAGACGGUGGAAUUAUUCUUGGAAACCCGGAAAUUAAACGUCUCAAAAUUACUCCAAAGCAAAACAGUCUGCCAAUCAGCAUUGAGAGUGUGAACCCGUUAUUGGACAACUUGGGGGACCGGAAGUUAGGCACGUUUCGGAACACGGUCUCAGAACCUAAUAUUUUCGUUACCCCUGCGGCACCAGAAGGUGCACCUUCGGACCAUGUGAUAGUUUUCCCCAAAGGAACGAACAAUCUUUCGCCCUUAAAUCAGUUGUAUGGAACGUACAAGAAAAAGUCAUCCCAGGAUUUUACAAAUCCAGCUUUUGAGCCUGAGGACGGAUACGUUGAUGACCACCAAUUUUGUGACAUUGUGGAUCAAGUUUUGAGACAACCCCUAAAUGGCGGACGUUACGUACACCCUUAUGGACAAGGGAAUCUGUACAAAGCCAUCCUGGUGGGAGAGAAAACCAAAGUACCCCAGAGCGCAGGAAAACUUGUGUUCUGGGCAGUGUUCAUGCUGAUGAUGGUCGGGCUAGCUUGCUCAAUCAUAAUACUUGCAGAAACUUAUAAAUCUGACCAGUAUUUGCCCCCAUUAUCAAAUAGUAAUGCCACAAAGGGGCAAUGAAAGGAGACAUGGAAAAAUGGAAACCCGUUCAAACCAGCCACUCUGACGUCUGCUCACCAAUAAACAUGGUGGUGUCCUUUAUCGUGGCGUUUUUGAAACGGAUAUUCAUUGGCAAUGGAUUGGAAUGAGGAGUGCUUCGAAAUCGUUUCUGCAUAAGACGAUGUGUGUCCAGCACUUUAAUCUGGAGAGCAGUGACUAUUAUAAAAUGCAGAUUUAUGCCUGCUCGCGUAAACAGAAAACGUAAUCAUGAACCAAAAUAUAUUUGAUAUUAUUCAGUGAUUUACGUUUUGUAUCGAUAAAGAUUUGUGACCAAUCUAUUGUAUCACACCGUAUAUACGGUUAACAAACACCCGUGCUUGCCUUAGAUUACUAUUACUAAAAUUUGUUUCCAAAACAGAAAUAAGUGUUGACAAAAUGUGUCAAUGUCGAUGCCGUUGUCAUUUAAAUGCAUCAUAAGCUAUAUUGAAAUUUACAUGGUAUGAUAUGUCAUGUUUUAAUGAUAGCGAUAUGCAAAGAGAUAUUUUGUCAUGUAAUUUUUUUAAGUAAUUACAUAGUAUAAUGAAUACAAAAUUCCUUUGCUUAUUUCUGAACAUAAUUUUGAUACGUUCAUCAUCCAGCUAACAAUUCGUAUCGAAACUUUUCUUUUCAGAUAUGUUUAUAUACGUAGAACUAAAACAAAACAUCAAACACCGCUUCAAUAUAGAUUUCAACAGUACCUUUUUGCCUGUACAAAAUCGUGACAUUUUGAUUAGCUGGCGCCAAUAUUUGUAGAUAGCUAGGUAACUAGACACGAUAUGUGCUCACAAUUUUACAAAUUGUUUCCAGUUUUUUUUUUUUCAUUUUUAAGGUGGAAUAACAAACCUGGAAAAAGUCACUCAAAUUAACAUGAAAUAUUUUGAUAAUGAAAGAUAUAAUGAUAAAUAAACUGUACAAAUGUCAAAUAAGCAAAAAAUUUGCAGUUUGGGGAUAAAAAAUGAUUAUCUAAAAUAAUUAUUUCAG